AUGGCAGACAUCGAUUCGACGGACGCCAUACCUUCGUCCAGCAAAUUGCUGUGUGUUCUUCUCUUCUGUGGGAUUCUAUUUCAGUACGCAGGACGGAGCAGUGUGUCUGUUGUGCUGGUGGAUUUACAGAUGCCACCAGAGAACAAGACGAACACGAGUGUCUCUAAGUCCCAGAUACAGUACAGCCAGUUCCAAGUUGGUGCGAUACUGAGUUCAGUCUACAUUGGCCUGCUGCCCUCAAGUUUCAUCGGGGGUUAUCUGGCCUAUCGAUAUUCUGCUAUGAGGAUUUUCCUGGCCUCCAUCGGCGCAAGCUCCAUUGCUCACUGUGUUGCGCCUUUUAUGUUCGGUCGCUUUGAGACGGCAAUAACCCAACGUGUUGUGGCAGGUCUGGUAGAGGGACUAUGCGAGCCCGCUGCUUACGGCGUGCUUAGCCAACACUUGACACCAAAGCAGAGUGCAGGAGUUUCACCUUACAUCUUUGCAGGUUGUAUGUGCGUUUCUGGCUGCCUUUUUGUGGCAGCCUUUACCUCCAACUCUCUCGUGGCAGGCUGUUUUGUCGCCGUAGGUUUUGGAAGUUCUGCAGCACGGGCGGCAGUUUCUGAUGCCAACCCGUUUGACAUUGCGCAUCAAUACGCCAGCGUGCUAACAGGGCUCAGCCGGGUUCUGUCUCGUGUUGUUGGCCUGACAUUCCCACUGCUGGUGACAGCACUGACCAAGAAUAAGUCGAGACAGGAGUGGUCCCGAGUUCUGUUGAUUAAGGCCUGUGUGUUUGCUGCCGCCGCCGUGUUCUAUGGAGUCUUCGGGAGCGGGGAAGAGCAGUCCUGGGCCGUGGCGGUUUCGCACGAUCAAAAUGAAGUCAUUGAAGUUGACGAAAUUCAACGAGGCGGUAGCAAAAAUGACAAAGUCAAUGAUGAAAAACGACCACUAGUCAUAAAAUGA